UUCUACAGAGAAAAUCAUGGUGUCAAGAAAAAAAUAAAGGGAAGGAGAGAGUGCUUGGCGCACUAGCAGACACAUGGGUCCCAUAUCAUCACUCCUUCCACCACCUACCUUCAUCUUUCCCCUUCUCCCUCCUCCUCUCCAUAACCCAAACUCUCUCUGCAAAUAACACCUUCUUCUCCCAGAAAAUCUUUGGAAGUCCUCUUUUCUUGCUCAUUUUCUCAUGGAAUCUGGUCUUACUUUGCUUGGUACUUCGAACGAGUCUGCAGUGGACGUGGCGGAGGGUGGUGAAGCUGAUAGUGAGCUUGAGCUGGGUCUUGGACUUAGCCUGGGUUCAGGUGGUGCGGGAAAGAAAGCAUGGGGUGAGUGUGGUAGAAUCCUGACUGCAAAGGAUUUUCCUUCUGUUGUUGUCUCUCAUGGUCGUAGAGGAGCUUCUGUUGGGACCAAGAGAGCUGCUGACUCUGCCCCACAUGAAUCUGGAUCCCCUCCUGCUGCCAGCCAGGUUGUGGGUUGGCCACCAAUUGGGGCUCACAGGAUGAACAGCUUGGUUAAGGAGGGGAAAGCCCCAAGAGGUGAAGAAGAAGAGAAAGACAAAGAUGGUUUGAAAAAAGAUAUGCAAUGAAAAAGGCAUAUUGGGUUUGUCAAGGUGAAUAUGGAUGGAAUUCCAAUCGGAAGGAUGGAUUUGAAUGCUCAUUCAACUUAUCAAACCUUGGCUCAGGCUCUUGAGGACAUGUUCUUUAGGACUUCUUCUUUCACUAUCACCUCCAUUAAUGGAUCGAGCCGGGAGAAGGAACAAGCAAAAGCCUCAAAGCUUUUGGAUGGAUCAUCUGAGUUUGUGCUUACUUAUGAAGAUAAAGAGGGAGAUUGGAUGCUCGUAGGAGAUGUUCCCUGGGGGAUGUUCCUAAGCUCGGUGAGAAGGCUUCGCAUAAUGAGGACCUCGGAGGCCAAUGGACUUGGUCCAAGAUUUCAGGAAAGAAAUGAAAGACAAAGAAGCAAGCUUGUUUAGAAUCACAGCUGCUGAUCAUUUUGAAUGAAGACUAUAGUUUGAAAACACAAGCAACAAAAAACAAGAAACAAGAAAACAAAAACUUAGAGCAUUUUCUCAAGAUUGGUUUUCCACUGCCUUUUUAGUGAUAUUCCAAUUACCAUUAUCUGGUUUUUUGCUGUUCUUUUUUUGUUUUUUGUUUUUGGGUUUUUGUAGGGCAAUAUAUUCAUUUUAGUUUUGUUUUAUAUAGUUUUGUCUACCAUACAGGCUUGUGCUCUUUGACUGAAUGCUGCUUUCUCAUACUGUAAAUAUGGGAGUACUUGAUGUCUAAAACUGUUGAGUUUGCUGCAUUAUUCAAGUAGACUCAAUUUUACAGGGUGAUCCAA